CAGCUAAAAUCACCCAAAGCAGCGCUUUAGUCGCCUGUCGUCCUUCCUCCCCUCGGUCACGCUGUCGCUAGUCACCGGCUCCUGAGCUUCUGACGGAAAAGCCUGUAAAAAUGAAGAUCUGGGCGUCAGAGCACAUUUUCAACCACCCAUGGGAGACGGUGACCAAGGCAGCGAUGCAGAAGUACCCCAACCCGAUGAACCCCAGUGUGUUUGGUGUUGAUGUUCUGGACAGAAAUGUUGACUCAGAUGGACGGUUACACAGCACCAGACUCCUUAGCACAGAGUGGGGGCUUCCCGCCAUAGCAAAAUCUAUCAUUGGAGUAACAAGAACAUGCACGUAUGUUCAAGAGCAUUCGGUCGUGGACCCCAAGCAGAAAACAUUUGAGCUGCAGUCAACAAAUAUCUCCUUCACUAACCUCGUAUCUGUCGAUGAGAAGUUGACAUACAAGCCGCACCCAGAAGACCCUGGAAAAACAGUGUUAACUCAGGAGGCGCUGAUCAGUGUAAAAGGCGUCAGUCUGAGCAGCUAUCUAGAGGGACUCAUGGCUAAUACUAUAUCUGUUAAUGCCAAUAAGGGUCGGGAGGCAAUGGAGUGGGUCAUCAGACGACUGAACACUGAGAUCGAGGAGCUAGCAGCCACUGCUCGUGGCUCUAUGCGUGUUCCCAUGGCAGCUGCUGUCACAGAAAAAUGACCCCUGGAUUUCUUUUUAGUUUAUUUACUGCUUACUUCAGCACCAUUAACUGACAGACUGAAACAUGUCCUCUUACCCCCUCUAAUCUGCCAAAACAGCCUAAAACCGACCGUCCAGUCCUCUGGUCCCACACACGCUUGUCUGGAUUUUCCACUAGAACUUGGUCUGUUUUUCCUCAGCAAGUCUGCACCGACCGCCUCCACUCGUUUCUGAGGAGAAUACUAGGGCACCCUGAGAUGGUUUAGAAAAACAGGGUUGAUUCAGACUGAACUUGAAGCUCACAGGACUGUUGUUUUGUAGACGUGGAAGUGUUUUUAAAAAUGAUUCACACUGUGCCUACACAGCCACCCAGCAACGCCAACUUUACCGUCCCCCUCGUUUUUCUUCGGCUGCAACAUUUUAUUGUUAUUUCAAGGCAUUUUUAGACCUGACCACUUCAUCCAGUUCUAAAAGCAGACAGGUUGAAGGAGUAACUGGAAGUUAAAAAUCUCAACAGCUGUUCAUAUUUUGAGGUUACAUUUCUGUGUUUCCUGUGUUUUGUAACAGGGUGUUUAAAUUGCAUCUGGUCUUGUUGUGGUACUUAAGAGGUGGAGUUGGUGAUAGAAAAGGCAGUUUCUCUAUGUACUUAUAGAAAUCUGACACUGCAGAUGUGCUCUGAUCCAAAGCCAACCAUGAGCAGAAGGUGGCGCUGUAGAGUAUUGUUCCUAAGAAACAAGCAGCUUUGAGCUUCUCAAAAUGAUUACAAUGUGAUUGCAGGUGCUAGUUUAUCAGCAUAGUUAAUUGGUCUCCUCUUUUACAGUCUUUCUGAUCUAUCUAUCUAAAAAAAAAAAAGAUUUCCUUCCAUUUUACAGUGAGGAUAUGCUGUAUGGUUUACAUGUUACAAUUUAAGAAUGUUCAUAUUUGAAUGUUUAACUUAUUUUCAAUAUGUAAACUUUAUAAGUGGAAGAAGGUCCCAGAAGCGUACAAAUGUAAAAUUGAACGAGUGGGUUUGGUGUUUUGCUAAUUCUCACUAAUGUCAUAGGGGGAUCUCUGCACUGACUGUGCCAAUAUCAGUUACAAAGAACUUUACUAAUUUAAUACCAGCUUAUGCUUGAACUUUGUCACAUUAACCUCUCUGUAUGCUUUGACCACUUCAUCUUCCUGUUUGUAAAUGUCAGUAUUUUUAUUUGUUGCGUUGAAUACUUGUUAAGACAGUUGAACUGCUCAUUUAUAAUAUGAAGCAGGUAUUUUAUUCCGUUUUGGUUCUAACUGAAUGGAGGAGACUCGUAUAAGCUAAGUGGAUGUUGGGUCCGUCUACUUUAGCACUCUUUAUGGACUUCCUUCCUCUUCUCACUGUAAAAUAUUAAUUUGUACAAAUGGAAGUUUGUUUAGACUAAGGCUCUUACAGAAUUCAGGUGAGAAACAUUACCAGUCUACAGUUGGUCCGAUUUCAUUAUCAAACGCAUUCUGGGCUUUUUCACUCCAGUUACCAAUUCAAAACAUCUUUUUUUUUAGUCAUAUUUUACAAACUGUUUCCAUCAUGUUAUUCUCCUCUGAAUACAGUAUCUUGUUUCAUAAAAGUAGUGGGGGUUUUUUCUAUGGGAACAUUUUAACAUCGGCUGUAAAUACUCAUAGACUCAUAUUUAUAUUUUCAUGGUGCUACAUUCCAAGAAUGUAAAUGUGUACCAGAAACAAGAGUGAGCACUGGAUUGUUUCAAAAUAAAAGGGAUGUCAUUGUUUCAUCAA